UAUAUCCGCGCUGACAUUCUCAUCUCGGAUAUCAUACUUGAUUUGAUCGGCGAUAUACUUCCAUAAAGACUAUGAUUCAGGUGUCCAUUCCCGGAUUUCGGCAGAUUGUUAGCGAUGAUGAGAGACCUUAUACGGUAUAUCAGAUCAAUGUCAAAGUAUCAGGAAGAAUCCAUUCAAUUGACAAGAGAUACAGAGAGUUUCAUGCCCUUCAUAAACAGGUGAAAAAGAAAUUUGACACUCCAGAUUUCCCACCCAAGAAAGUGCGUCAGCUGAGCUCCAGAGGGAUGGAGCAAAGGAGGGUUGCAUUGGAAGCUUACCUACAGGGUCUGCUGGAUAAGGAUUCUAUUCCUAAAUCACUGCUAACAUUCUUGCAUGUGAAGAAUUUCAGAGCCAUCAGCUAUGAUUCAUUGGAUGAUUUAGAUACUAAAGAAACCUCAAAUCACCAGCCAGUAAUGGGCUUUGAGAGUGAUCCAUUCUUGAAUGCCUCACCUCCAGAGGGGGGUAUUCCUGAUAUCUUGACGGAGGGAGUGCGGCAAGGAUUAUAUGAUGACCCUGAAAGUUCCAGUUCAGCAUCUUAAGGCAACAAAGGCAUCUUUGUUUGAUGUUUGAGAUGCGAUCUAGAGCUCUUAGGAACAUUUGCUUUCAUAUGUUUAUCAUAAAGUAAUGCAAACAGUUGAUUUUUAAAUAUUUCUAAUGCUCUCUAGAAUUUAGUCAAACUCAAUGGACGAGUUAAAGUGAUGGUAAAAAUUAGCAGUGAAAAUCCAAACAAAUAUAGUAAAGCCUUAGGAUAGCACUCACAAAUUUUAAAUGAUACCUGUAAAAAUGUUUGAAAUAACAUGUAGUCUUGCAUCACUUUCCAGGCAUUGCUUGUAUAUCUAAUGGAGAUCGGCCUGGAUCAAUGUUAGAAUAUCUCAAACACUAUGUUUUAUUAAAGUGGUUAUGUGUGCUUAUACAAAUUAUGGUGUCACUGCGGGUUUCAAAUACAUUUGUUAGUGAGUAGAUGAACAUACAGUAUGAGAAUAGUUUUUCACAACUCCCAAGUCCUCAUCAAAGUUCUCAUUCAAUGUUGAACUAGUUGUUGGUUGCAUUAGAUUUGGCUUUUAAUUUGGGAAUCAACAUUCAUUAAAAGCUAAGAAUUACAUGUACAUGUAUGAGAUUUCAAUUCAUGAUAGUAUCCUUUUGUAAAGUGUGUGUAUUGUGCUACCAUUUUGACUACUACUAAAUAUCAUGAUUGAUCUAAACAUGAAAGAAACUUUCUGUAGGCUAUGUUAAAGUGUUUGUCACCUGCAGUUUGCUCCAACAUACAUCAUCAAUAUCCACUCGUAAAAUGUUAUACAAAUGUACAGAGUUAUUACAUGUAUGAUAUAUUUUUAUAUAUUGUAGAAUUUUUUAUAACUGUGCAGUGUGCAAUAUUUAUUAAAAAGUGAUGAUGCAUUUUGUAAGAUGUUUCAUAAAUUGAUAUGGUAAGUUCCCAUUUAAAUCUUAGAACUAACGAGAAUAUAAUCGAAACAGUGUUAUCUUAAUUGUGAUCUUAACCCAUUCUCGGGUUAUUUUGGGGAUAUUCUGAUUUGGAAAAUAUCUAUCAUUUCAAAGAUAAUUUUAAUUUUAAAAGAUAGUACCCAAGUUUUGAUCUUCCAGGGUUAUUUUUAUAAGAAUCACAGAUUUGCAGAAAUUCCCUUUUGACAUAAAUAUUCUCAGUUAAAUUUAUGUAAAUAUGCAUGCAAGACGGUGUUGUACUUGCACAUAUGGAGUUUUAUCCAAUCUUUACUGUGUUAUAAAGUGCAAUGCCAGAGAUUCAUUGAAAUAUACAUGUAGCAGCAGUCAUGUCCAAGUAUAUACAAUGCAAUCUCAGCAAGACAGUCAUAAUUUGAGAAAAAGUAGAUGUGGCCUUAACCGUCACUGAAAUUUCAUCCCGGUACCUUAUUUAGCCAAAUCCAUCAAAUUACAUCACUAUCCGAGAAAAAGACAGCCAGCAUAGUCCGCUGCGGAUAAAGCUGUCACUUCAACGCUGUUUCAUCAGUCAUAGACUAAAACCUCUCACAAACCCUUGUUCUUUCUAAACAAACCAUUCCUGCAUUGUGGUUGCAACAUGGGGAGAUGGGAUAACGUGAGACCUUUGUCUGUCAGCAAGGGAUUAAAGCAUAUAUGCAGUUUGUCUGGCCUGUAUAUACAAAGAGUUAUUUGAUCGUGACUGCGGGUUUACAUUACGCUUUCUUGACCAUUACAAUAAUUGCAUGUGAACGCAGGAAAUCUGGCAAUCAUCAUCUAGUGGUAGGAUGACAUUCCUUUAAAGACACAUUCAUGUCUGAUUGUUCAUUCAGGUGGAAGUCAAAUAGUUUGAUGAAAAUGCAUUUCCAAAAUACUAUCCCCUGAUUAUUAGAAGAUCAACAUUCCAUCAAUAGACCAAUCAAGAAGAAAAAAAAACAUUGGGGCCUUUUUGUGAAAUUUUGUGACCAAAAUUAUGAGAAAUCUUGACUUUACUUUGUUAUAACUCUCAAAAGUUUAUAGAUUUAGCAAUUUGAUGUUUAUAUUGACAGUAAUGUGUUUGGUCAACUUUCAUUUUGAAAUAAUUCUUGGUGACAACAAUAUGCAUGUUCAAGGUCAGAGGUCAAAAGAACUGGGUCAUGUGUGUGACACACACACGUGACAUGACACAUGUGACCCACUUCUUUUGACCUCUGACCUUGAACAUGCAUAUUGUUGUCACCAAGAAUUAUUUCAAAAUGAAAGUUGACCAAACAUAUUACUGUCAAUAUAAACAUCAAAUUGCUAAAUCUAUAAACUUUUGAGAGUUAUAACAAAUUAAAGUCAAGAUUUCUCAUAAUUUUGGUCACACACGUUACCAAGAGUGGCCCAUUGGAAGGGUAUUAGCAUUCUACACACUUUUGUCUUUACUAUGUCAUUCAGUGUUGAUGUAUAGUGCAUUCCCCCCAAAAAAAUGAAAUUCAAUAUUAUUGUCAGUAUUUUAUUUAAUUUGAUUUCAAUGACAUAUAAUUGCAUAUGAGAGUAAAACAAUUUGAAGAAUUUAUAUCAUAAUUCAUUUGAAUGCAGUUUUUUUUUUAAGUUGAGUAUCCUACAUACUUCUUUUUAUGUAUUAUGUCAUUGAUGCAGCGCAUAGAUAAACAUGGUGGUAAUGUAACAUACUGUGUAUCAAUAUUGGUAACAUUGUUAUUAUUUGCAUUUAAAGUUAUGAGCUCUUUAUGAUACCUCAACCAGGGAAAAUGGUCAGGGAAGAACAAGUUAGUGUUGAAUUGACAUUAUUUCAGGAAAUAGGUUGCCUGUUAUACUCACCAGUCCAUUAUGUUGAUGAUAAAAAAAUUAAUGAAGUCUUGCAUAUUGCUGUUGCUUCUGUAGCCUUUAUGGCUAUACAUACAGACAUUGCAUGUACGUAUUUCCUCAGAAGUUAAGCCGAGUCACCAGUUCUCUUUAUACCCUAUUACACAAUAUCCGUGAAGUCCUACAUAAAUUUAUCAUCAUCUGUGUCGGAUGUAAUUAAUUCUCUAAUACAGUUCCUGUAGAUUUUCAGCAGUCUUCAAAUGUCACAUUCCCCUUCCUACUUUUAUAUUUCAAAUUAUUCCCUUGGUCAGGUACAGAAAAUUGACAUUUUCAAAUCUAUUAAGGUUGAACUUGGGUUGAAAACAUCUGGGUUUCUUUGCCAGAGGCUGGCCCAAUAUAGCAACAGUUGAAAACUGAUUACUAAAACAGCAAACAAUGAACUUAUUAUAUCUCAAGAGAAAUUUAUAUAAAUAUCAAUAUAAUGCCAUGUUUUUGUGGGGGAUUUUCAGAGGUGGUUGGUUGAGAAGUCAGGAACUAGAAAUACACUCUUUCGUGUCUGUGGUGGGAAGCAUUGAAAUGCAUAGAAAAUAUUUCUUUUUCUCAAAUAGACAAAAUUAGAAACUAAAAGCAAAUUAUCUCAAGCAAAAUAUGAGUACAGGUUGUAUUAUGUGUAUAGUAAUAGAAUUGAAAAUUGUAAAAAUGAAUUUAGUUCCCUCACAGUGACUAGUAUCUUAUUUUUAUUGCAUUUACUUGUAUGUGUAAAGAUACAUGCACCUGUUAUUAUAAAACACUUUACUGUUGAAAAUUUUAAAGAUUUAUGUUGAAAAGAAUAUAUUGCCUAAACUAUGCUUGCCUAUUAUGUACAUGUAUAAAAAAUGUUUAGUACAAAAAAGGUUUUAAUUAAAUAUUUUAAAAGGGAAAUAUCAA